AUGACAGGUUUUCAAAAACACUACAUUUUUCUUUCCCUUAUUCUUGUUCUCUCUUCAUUUCCAUUGGCAGUCACAUCAUCAAAGACAGAAGCUGAAGCUCUUCUAAAAUGGAAGAAUAGCUUGUCAUCAUCUUCUAAUUCCAUUAGUUCAUGGUCUGUCACCAACCUCAAAAAUGUUUGCAACUGGACUGGCAUUAUCUGUUACAGUACCGGAACUGUAUCAGAGAUAAACCUGUUCGACGUAAAUCUCAAUGGAACACUUGCCCAAUUCAAUUUCACUUCAUUUCCAUUUCUCACCCGUUACAACCUCAAGAACAACAAGCUCAGUGGGUCAAUUCCAUUUACAAUUGGAAAUCUGUCCAAGCUCGCUUUUUUGGACUUGAGUUUCAACUUUUUUGAGAACAUCAUACCUUCCGAGAUUGGAUGGUUGACCGAGCUUCGGUACCUCAGUUUGUCCGGCAACGCUCUCCAUGGUAUCAUUCCAUAUCAACUCAGCAAUCUUCAGAAGGUAUGGUACUUAAACCUUGGAUCAAACUACUUAGAAACUCCAGAUUGGUCAAAAUUUUCAGGCAUGCCUAUGUUGACUCAUCUUGACUUUAAUCUCAAUGAGCUUACCUCUGAAUUUCCAGAAUUCAUACUCAUAUGCCCGAACCUCACAUACCUUGAUUUGUCACUCAACCAUUUCACUGGCCCAAUACCUGAGUUGCUAUUCACCAAUCUUGCCAAGCUUAAAUAUCUUAUACUCUUCAGUAAUUCAUUUGAAGGGUUGUUGUCAUCAAAUAUUUCAAAGCUUUUGAAGCUCAAAUAUCUUCGUUUGGGUAAAAAUCAGUUUGUCGGCUCAAUUCCUGAGGAGAUUGGACUGGUUUCGGAUCUUCAAUUCAUUGGACUGUAUAACAAUUCAUUCCAAGGAAAGAUUCCUUCUUCCAUAGGCCAACUCAGAAAGCUUCAAACACUUGAACUACGAAUGAAUGAGUUGAAUUCUACAAUUCCUUUUCGGCUUGGCUUCUGCGCUAAGCUCACAUACUUGGCUCUAGCCAAGAAUUCACUUACCGGGCCCCUACCUUCGUCCCUGUCCAAUCUAACCAAAAUAUCUCAUUUUUACGCAAAUGACAAUUUUCUUUCUGGUGAGAUCUUACAAUAUUUCAUUACCAAUUGGACUGACUUGGAAUCGCUAUCCCUUUAUAACAAUUCCUUCACUGGUAAAAUUCCACCUGAAAUUGGCCUAUUGACAAAGCUCGUUUUCCUUUAUUUGUACAAGAAUCAUCUUUCUGGCUUGAUCCCGCCUGAGAUUGGAGUCUUGAAAGAAUUGGUGGACUUGGACCUUUCGGAAAACAAACUCUUAGGUCCAAUUCCUCCAUCAAUUUGGAAUCUCGCAAAGCUCAGAGUCUUGCACCUGUUUGACAACAACCUUACUGGAACAAUUCCACCUGAAAUUGGAAAUUUGACACUGCUGACUUCUCUUGAUCUGAGGCAUAACAAAUUGAAUGGUGAGCUGCCUGGUACAAUGUCUUUCCUUGCUAAUCUACAGAGGCUCCUCCUUUCAAACAAUUCCUUCACUGGUAGAAUUCCACCUGAAAUUGGAAAUUUGAAAUUCUAG